AGAGACCUUUGGAAGAACUCUUUCAAUGGGUACGGGUGGGCUGGGUGACUGAAAUGGGAGCUGUGAGAGGUAGGGCCUGAGAAGGAGAACUGGGGGCAAAUAGGUGGUCUGGAUCCUGGCCAGGGACCUCAGGGCAUGAGGGAGAGUUUUCUGUAGAUGGUUGCAGCACAAAGCUUGUUUAGCCUGUUCUCCCCAGCCUUUUCUCCUUCAAGCACAACUGUGCUCCCUUAGGCACCAUGUUCGGGGUGUUUUCCUUACCCUGAUGGUUGCAGGCAGAUAGUUCUAUCCCUCCUUUGCUUUGCCUCCACUGACCCUAACGCAAGGAGCAGGGCUCAUUGCCGCUGCAAAAGUUGCAGCCUUGAGCUUGUCCAGAGACCUCGUCUAGGUUGGAGGCUCUCUCUAGAGUCAGGGCUGGGAGAGAGAAGUCUCUUUUAGGUCCUUCUGCCUUUUUCCCAUCAGUUACUGGCACCUAAAGCUGAACAGACAGCAGCAGAUUCCCACCCCCCCCCUUACUCCCAGGAUCAGUAGCCCCUCUGGACAUGCCUCUCCUGGAAGAUUCCGUGGGGGUGGAGGACCUUGUCCUCUUGGAACCCCUGGUGCAGGAGUCUCUGCUCAAGAACCUCCAGAUUCGCUAUGAAAAGAAGGAGAUUUAUACCUAUAUUGGGAACGUGGUGAUUUCAUUGAAUCCCUACCAACAGCUGCCCAUCUAUGGCCCGGAGUUCAUUGCCAAAUACCGGGACUAUACCUUCUAUGAGCUGAAGCCCCACAUCUAUGCAUUGGCCAAUGUGGCGUACCAGUCACUGAAGGACCGGGACCGAGACCAGUGUAUCCUCAUCACGGGCGAGAGUGGAGCUGGCAAGACUGAGGCAAGUAAGCUGGUGAUGUCUUAUGUGGCAGCUGUCUGUGGGAAAGGGGAGCAGGUGAAUUCUGUGAAGGAGCAACUACUUCAGUCAAAUCCAGUGCUGGAAGCUUUUGGCAAUGCCAAGACCAUACGCAACAACAACUCUUCUCGAUUUGGAAAAUACAUGGACAUUGAGUUUGACUUCAAGGGAUCCCCCCUUGGUGGCGUCAUCACAAACUAUCUACUUGAGAAGUCCCGAGUGGUGAAGCAGCUUAAAGGAGAAAGGAACUUCCACAUCUUCUAUCAGCUGCUGGCUGGGGCAGAUGCCCAGCUGCUAAAAGCCCUGAAGCUUGAACAGGAAACAAGCCUUUAUGCCUAUCUGAACCGGGAGAUGUCCAGAGUGGAUGGCAUGGACGACGCCUCUAACUUCAGGGCUGUGCAGAGUGCGAUGACUGUGAUUGGGUUCUCGGAUGAGGAGAUUCGACAGGUGCUAGAGGUGACAGCCCUAGUGCUGAAGCUGGGGAAUGUGGAGCUGUCGGAUGAGUUCCAGGCCAAUGGGAUACCAGCAAGUGGCAUCCGUGAUAGGCAAGGUGUUCAAGAGAUUGGGGAGCUGGUGGGUUUAAGUUCAGAGGAACUAGAGAAAGCUUUGUGUUCAAGAACCGUGGAAACGGCCAAAGAAAAAGUGGUCACUGCAUUGAAUAUCACCCAGGCUCAGUACGCUCGCGACGCUCUGGCCAAGAACAUCUACAGCCGCCUCUUCAACUGGAUAGUGUACCGCAUCAACGAGAGUAUCAAGGUGAGCACUGGGGAGAAGAAGAAGGUAAUGGGGGUGCUGGAUAUCUACGGCUUUGAAAUACUACAGGAUAAUAGCUUUGAGCAGUUUGUGAUUAACUACUGCAAUGAGAAGCUACAGCAGGUGUUCAUAGAAAUGACCCUGAAAGAGGAACAGGAGGAAUAUAAGAGAGAGGGCAUACCAUGGACAAAGGUGGACUACUUUGAUAAUAGUAUCAUCUGUAACCUCAUUGAGCAUAAUCAGCGAGGCAUCCUGGCCAUGCUGGAUGAGGAGUGCCUGCGGCCUGGGGUGGUCAGUGACUCCACCUUCCUAGCGAAGCUGAACCAGCUCUUCUCCAAGCAUGGCCACUAUGAGAGCAAAGUCACCCAGAACGCCCAGCGCCAGUAUGACCACACCAUGGGCCUCAGCUGCUUCCGCAUCUGCCACUAUGCGGGCAAGGUGAUGUACAAUGUGACCGGCUUCAUUGACAAAAAUAAUGACUUACUCUACCGGGACCUGUCCCAGGCCAUGUGGAAGGCCCAGCAACCCCUCCUUCAGUCCUUGUUCCCUGAGGGUGAUCCCAAGCAGGUGUCUCUGAAACGUCCCCCAACUGCUGGGUCCCAGUUCAAGAAUUCUGUGGCCAUACUCAUGAAGAACUUGUAUUCCAAGAACCCCAACUACAUCAGGUGCAUUAAGCCCAACGAGCAUCAGCAGCGUGGUCAGUUCUCCUCAGAGCUGGUGUCUAGCCAGGCUCUGUACCUGGGGCUGCUGGAGAACGUGCGGGUGCGACGAGCAGGCUAUGCCUACCGCCAGGGGUAUGGGCCCUUCCUGGAAAGAUACCGAAUGCUGAGCCGGAGCACCUGGCCUCACUGGAAGGAGGGAGACCGGAAGGGGGUUGAGAAGAUCAUAGAGGAGCUGAGUGUGGCCUCAGAAGAGGCGGCCUUUGGGAAGACAAAGAUCUUCAUUAGGAGCCCCAAGACUCUUUUCUACCUGGAAGAGCAGCGGCGCCUUAGACUCCAGCAGCUGGCCACGCUCAUCCAGAAGAUAUACCGAGGCUGGCGCUGCCGCACCAACUACCAGCUGAUGCGCAAGAGUCAGAUCCUCAUCUCCUCCUGGUUUCGGGGCAACAUGCAAAAGAAGCGCUAUGGGAAGAUAAAGGCGUCAGUACUGCUGAUCCAGGCGUUUGUGAGAGGGUGGAAGGCCCGCAAGAAUUAUCGAAAAUAUUUCCGGUCAGGGGCAGCCCUCACAUUGGCAGCUUUCAUCUACAAGAGCAUAGCACAGAAAUUCCUGUUGGGGCUGAGGAAUAGUCUGCCAUCCACCAAGGUCUUGGACAACAAGUGGCCAACUGCUCCUUACAAGUAUUUCAACACAGCUAACCAGGAGCUGCGACAACUCUUCCACCAAUGGAAGUGCAAGAAAUUCCUGGACCAGUUGUCCCCGGAGCAGUUCGAGGUCCUGAGGGAGAAGCUCUUUGCCAGUGAAUUGUUCAAGGGCAAGAAGGCAUCAUACCCCCAGAGUGUCCCCGUACAAUUCCGUGGUGACUACAUUGGGCUCCAAGGGAACCCCAAACUGCAGAAGCUGAAGGGCGGGGAAGAAGGGCCUGUUCUGAUGGCCGAGAUUGUGAAGAAGGUCAAUCGUGGCAAUGGCAAGAUGUCCUCUCGGAUUCUCCUCCUGACCAAGGGCCAUGUGAUUCUCACAGACGCCAAGAAGUCCCAGGCCAAGACUGUCAUUGGGCUGGACAGUGUGGCUGGGGUAUCAGUCACCAGCCUCAGGGAUGGACUCUUUUGUUUGCAUCUGACCGAGAUGUCAUCGGUGGGCUCCAAGGGAGACUUCCUGCUGAUAAGUGACCAUGUGGUUGAACUGCUGACCAAGAUGUACCGGGCUGUGCUGGAUGCCACACAGAGGCAGCUGCCAGUCACUGUGACUGAGGAGUUCUCAGUGAGGUUCAAGGAGAGAAGUGUGGCUGUCAAGGUCACCCAGGGCCCUGGGGGUGGUAGGGACAGCAAGCUAAGUUGCAAGAAGAAGGGGAGUCAUGGCCUGGAGGUGACCGUCAAUUGAGGUGGGGGCCUAAUGCAGAGACCGCAGCAUCUUCCUCCUGGAUGAGCACUCACUGUCCCUCCAUCCACCUUUUUGGGAGGGUCUCAUGUCUAACUCCUCUGAUCUUGGGGCUGGGCUUGGAGAUUGAAGAACCCUUGAAGAGGGAGCCCUUUCUUCGCCCAAAACGUCCCUGUCCUAUCCUCCAAACUUAGUGUCCCCUGACCCUCACCUUUUUGCCCACAAAUAAAACAUGUGACUUCUGAAAGGUUUGGUCAGUUGGGGAAGGUCCCAUGUUCCCUCAUCUUCUCACCCACCUGCACUACCCACAUACCCCCAUUCCCUUUCCCCUCCCCAUGCUCCUUGGAGCCAGCUAAUGCAGAUAAUAAGAAUGGAAAAGAAGGGAAAUUAUCUCUGGGCUUCUUGACCGGCUGAGCUCAGUUAAGGUUUGGAGAAGCUGGUGGGGAGGGCAGAGGGGGGAGCUGGGGAUGGGGCUCAGGUCGCAGGUGGCCACUGGGCUGAUUCAUUAAGUGUGUCCCUGGAGGGAAGAAGUGAGGAUCCCUGUCUUGGUGGAAGCUGUCUUUGGAAAUUUUGCCUGAAAAGAGGCCCAGGGCCGAAAAGCUCACAUAAGCUUAAGUGAGCUGGGGAAGGCAGGGUCCCCUGCACCCAGGAGCACCAUCACCUCUCAUCCCCAAGCUUGGCACCCCCACCUUGCCAGACACCCAAGAUGCUGGCUGCUGCCAACAGCUUUUUAAAAAAAUUUUUUAAUUUAAUUUUGUUGUUGUUGGGAAUAUACACAGCAAACAUGCACCAAUUCAACAGUUUCUAUGGGUACAAUUU